AUGUCUAUCAACUGGGUGAUGCUCGACGACCAGGAGGGCUUCGUUCGCCUUCCUAACGAACGCCUGAUUUAUUCCUCACCUCCCCGCACCAGCCUGGUGCUGACACCACCCUCCGGCUACAAGGGCCAAGAGACCUUGUCAGUACAGAGCAGCGCAGGCUGUAUUCAUCUCACCAACCAAAGGGUUGUCUACCUCCCCGCCCAGAAAUCUGACACCUUCCAAUCCUUCUCCUCCCCCCUACUCAACGUCCGCGACUCUCAUGUUUCCGCCCCAUUCUUUGGUCCUAAUGUCUGGACUGCUCUCAUCCAACCCGUCGCCGGAGGCGGUAUCUCCUCAUCCCUCCCCGCCGUCCAGAUCAAGGUGACCUUCAAGGAAGGCGGAGCCUUUGACUUCCACACCAACUUUGAGCGGAUAAGAGAGCGCUUGGAACAGGCCGUGGAGAAUGUGAGCGAUGGGGCUCGGGGCGUGCGAGGUGUGGACCUCUCUGCGGUGCACCUUGAGGAGUUGCCGGCAUACGAUGGUCCGGGGAAUACAGGACCCCCUCCAGUUGCCAGCGGUGCUCCGGUAGCACCACAGCACGCCCGGCAAGUGUCAGAGGGCGGCCCUGAACCGGCAGAACCACCUCCUUGUUAUGAGGAGGUGCAGUCGCAAAGUGUGGCCCAGGAGUUGGAGGAGCGGUUACGUCGGGCCAGUUAA